CAAGAAUGCUGAUAGUGACAGUAUAAUUCAACACCCAAACAAGAAGUAUCCUGGAGCCUAAACAGUCUAGUACAAGUAAGGAUAUCACUGUGUCUGAAGUGAAAGAAAAAUCGCCUUAUGAAAUGAAGAAGGAAGUUGGGUUUAGAAAUGAAACAGUGGAAGCUGCUUCUGUUGAACAUCUGCAGGAGGAAGAAGCUCCCACAAGUAAAGAUGGCCAAAAGGUCCAAGCUGCUAGCACUACAGUUGGUGAUCAACAAAAUGCAGCCCUAAAGAGCAUAGAGGAAGAUCAUGUGCAAGAAAAUGCUGGUGCAGGAAGCUUGAAUGGAUGUGACAAAAGAAAAAAUGAAGAUGGGACAGUGAUUGAAAGUGAAACUGCGAAAGAUGAUGCCAGAACAUAUGGAGUUAAUUUGUCAGAAUCAGAUGCUGCAGUUCGUAUUCAGUCUGCCUACAGAGGGUAUGAUGUUCGAAAAUGGCAACCUUUGGAUAAGCUCUGGAAGAUCAAGCAUGUGCAUGAACAGAUGCAAGUUGUGAGGAAGCAGAUUCAAUGCCUUUUAGAUUCUUGCAGUAAGCCAACACAAAAAGAGCAAGUGGCCAUAGGUGAAACUAUUAUGAAUUUACUCCUGAAGCUUGACGCAAUCAAGGUAUAUUUUUCAUUCCAGCCUGUUUUUCUCUGAGUGGCAUAGACUUAU